AUGAAAAACGACGACAAAGAGAUCAGCGAAGAAGUCAUAUUUUUCCAGUCCAUAAUUAAGCGGAAAGCAGACACUGUUGACCCCAAUGUAAUAGAUGAUGAUCUCAUCAGAAAAUAUAUCAAAGAAUGGAAUGCAGAGAGAAAAAUUUACGGGAUGGAUGAUAUGCCAUUCUCUGACCUCCUUGAGCUACGCUUAAGCUUCCAAAACAUUUUAAAGAUCCAAAACCUUCGCGGACUUGCCAGUCUUAAAAAGCUGUGCCUUGACAAUAACAUAAUCACCAAAAUUGAAGGACUAACUGAAGACUUAGUCAAUCUUGAAUGGCUCGAUCUCUCAUUUAACAACAUAAAGGUAGUAGAAGGCUUAGAGGAGCUCGUGAAUCUGACAGAUUUAAGCCUCUUUCACAACCAAAUUUCAGAAGUCAGAGCGCCUUCGCUUGAUUCAUGCAAAAAACUGAAUGUAAUUUCUUUCCUCCCCACCGUGAGCAAGCAAAACCAUUGGAAAAAUCCCUAUUUUUUGUCAAAAAAAAACUCUUGUGAACGAACAAUACAUUUUUUGAGAAAAGAUUUUGAUAUAUUAGGGAUAAUUAGUAUAAUGAAAUCUCUGGCUAACACUUUUGAUUUUAAACAAACUUGCAUUUAAAAAAAAUUUAACAAUUAAAUUAAUGUUUGCUCUCUAAUCUUUGCGAAGUGGAAUUUUUUUAAAUUUCGAAAAAAAAGCCAUAAAAAUUUAUAUAAAUCAAUUCACUCAUGGAACGGAGAGGGAAUUAGGAGAUAAUAUGAUCACCAGCUAUGAAGCAGUGAUCCCUUACCUGCGCACUUUUCCUAAUUUGCAAGUGCUAAAGCUAGAAGGAAAUAAAAUCUGCGAGGAUUCUGGCUACAAAAGCUACGUAAUUGCAUUUAUCUCUCAGCUAAAAUAUUUAGAUUAUGUCUUAUUGGAACCCCAAGAAAUACAGAGAGCCAAAGAAGAUCACAGAGGUGAGGACUUAGGAGUAAAAGAUGCACAAGCUCAACAAGAAGAGUUGGAGCGCGAGCUAAUUGAAAAAGCCAAAAAGGAGCUUGAUGACGCAUUUAUUGGUGGGACUCACAAGUUUUUGGAGCACUUAAAAGAAGAAUUCGAAGACGAAGAGAAAAAAAUCUGCGUGCUGCCUGAGCAAGACAACCAAUAUGCAGAGUUUGCUGAAAAAGUCAAUGCAAGAAUUCAGGAUUUCCAAAAAACAAUUAUUGAAAAAAAUGAGACCAGGCUGCAAAUUAUUGAUAAAUUCAAGAGGUCAGUACAGAAGGCAGAAGAUGAAGUAGAAAAUGAAGCAAUCAAACUGAUCGGGAACUAUGAAAAAGAAGAAAAGCAAUCUAUGAGAAUUUUUGAACAAGAUGUGGAGACUGAUGAAGACUUGCUGAGAGAUUUAAUACCGAAAAUUGAUGACUUAGAAGACGUACUGAUAGAAAAAGAAUUGAGUCUCGUAGAGAGGCUGAAUGAAGCAAUAGAGAGGUUUGAUAAGAAAAUGAAAGAUAUAGUCUCUGAAAUCAAAGAAGAUACCAAAAAUUUCUCUGAGGCAAUUAUUGGAUUAAUGGAUUUAUAUUUCGGAGAACUCCAGAAAAUCAAAGACGAGCAGAUCAAGCUGUUUUAUGCAGAAAAUGUGAAUAUGGACAACUUCACGCCAGAACAAAAAGAAGUUUACCAAGAUAGAGAAGGGCUGUUGAGUGCUCUAACUAAUUUGCAGGAUGAUUAUAAGGAACAGAUUGGAACUGUAGAGGAUGAGAUCACUAAAGCUUAUGACGGUGAAAUGGAGAAGUUCAUUGAAGAGUUCAAGUACGAGAAACAUGAAAGAAACAGAACAAGAAUUAGAGAAAUUAUGGAGCUGGCCCAAGAAAAAAGAGAAGUUAUAGAAAAAACUUUAUCUGAAGAUAUAAGCUAA